AUGUCGACCCAACUUCCACCCCCAAGCAAAAGGCAGAGAACGGAUGCUUUCGAGAGAUCGAGAGCGCAACAAGACAUUGAGGAAAUACCCAGUGACGCAGGAAGUCUUCGAAUCCAGUUCUUCGACGAAACUACAGGUCUUCCUAUCGGCAAUGGGCCAGUUCUUGUACCAGUCGCAAACGCAGACCCAAAGAAUCUGGAGCUAUUGUUGAAUACUCUUUUAGGACAUGACUCUUCAGAGUAUAUUCCAUACAGAUUUACCCUACCCGUAUCAGACAAGAAGUCCGCAGAGAAGAUUACAACCGCCUACCCUACUGAAGUCUACAAAACCUUGAUAAAACCGGGUCUAAUAAGUACCGAAGAGACCCAAAAUAUUUCAGCAGCACCACAAGCUGUAUUUAAAGUCCAAUCAGUUUCGAGAUGCGCUUCCACUAUUCCCGGCCAUGGCGAAUCCAUUUUAGUCGCACAAUUUUCUCCUAGGUCCUCCUCCAGAAUGGUCAGUGGUAGCGGAGACAACACGGCACGUAUCUGGGACUGCGAUACAGGAACCCCGGUACACACGUUAAAGGGGCACACAAGUUGGGUAUUGGCUGUUAGUUGGUCGCCGGAUGAGUCGAGGAUUGCGACGGGUAGUAUGGACAACACUGUCAGGAUAUGGGAUCCUAAAACCGGAAAGCAAUUAGGCAGACCAAUGAAGGGACACUCAAAAUGGGUCACAAAUCUUGCUUGGGAGCCGUAUCACGUUCAAAAACCGGGAGAACCUAGACUGGCCUCAUCCUCUAAAGAUUCUACUGUUAGAGUAUGGUCGACUAAUCAACAGACGAUUGAAUUGGUCUUAACUGGACACAAAGACGCAGUAUCAUGUGUUAAAUGGGGAGGAACUGGAUUUAUAUAUACCGCAUCCCGCGAUAAGACUGUCAAAGUUUGGAAUGCAAAGGACGGAACUCUCGCACACUCUCUUAAUGCUCAUGCGCACUGGGUCAACCAUCUCGCACUAUCGACAGAAUUUGUCACGCGAACCGGCUACUUCGACCACACUGGCAAGGUCCCUGCAACAGAGGAGGAAAAGGUCAAGAAAGCAGAGGAGCGUUUCCUCAAAGCCUCCCGAAUUCAGGGUGAAGUCGUGGAACGCCUUGUCACAGCCAGUGACGAUUUCACCAUGUAUCUCUGGGAACCUUCUAAGCAAACGAAGCCUAUAGCACGAAUGUUAGGUCAUCAAAAACAAGUGAACCAUGUAGCUUUCUCGCCCGAUGGACUACUCAUUGCCUCCUCUGGUUUCGACAACCAUACCAAGAUCUGGAACGCCCGCGAUGGAAAGUUCAUCAAUACAUUGAGAGGUCAUGUUGCACCCGUCUACCAAUGCGCUUUUAGCUCUGAUUCUAGGCUAUUAGUGACAUGUAGUAAGGAUACAACACUGAAAGUAUGGGACAUGGCAACCCACAAGUUAGCUAAAGAUUUACCUGGCCAUAAAGACGAAGUUUAUGCCGUAGACUGGAGUCCGGAUGGAGAAAAAGUGGGCAGUGGUGGAGCAGAUAAGGCAGUGCGCCUUUGGAGACAUUAA